AAAAAGAAAAAUAACAAUGAGUUUGUCACUCGCCUCUUCUCUCGAUCAGACCCGACGAGACAGCGCCCUGGACAUGGACGGCGGCGAUGCCACGUCGUCUGCCAGUCCCUCCUCGCCGCGGCCCUUCGGGGUCGGGGCGGACGGCGAGGAGAGACUCGCUUCUCGUGACGAAGGCUGCGAUGCCCUGGCGAGCGCGAUUGCUUCGACGCUGGGGGCUGUAAUGAGGGACUUCGAUUCCAGGGCAGAGAGCGCUGGACAGAGCCAGGACGAGCUCGUCCUCUCCCUAGAUCGUCUCACGGGAGAAUUGGACAAGCUACUAGAGGAUGCACCAUUACGAUUCAUUAUGCAGUAUGCUAUGAGAAUCUCCACCAUACGGAAGAGAGUUUCAGCAUUGAACUUUACUUUGAAGACAAUUCAGAGGCGAAUUGAUAAUAUGGACCAGUUUCUUUCUAUGGGCAUACCUACAAGCAAUCACCAACCAACAGAACAGCCACAUCAUUAAUAACUUUGUAAUCCAGGUACUUCAAUUAUUUUUGGCCGGUACUCUUAGUAUUGGGUUUUUCAGUUCUUUGGUGUUGUUUUUCCAGUUCUGGUUAUAUAUGGUGCAAAUUUUGCUAUGUAAAUACCAUAUGAAUAGCAUUGAUUAUUAAAAGCACAAAGAUUAUAUAAUCUGAUUAUUUGA